AUGACAGCCACAGGGCCACUGCACACUCGCUUGGCUGCUUGGUGUGUACUGCUGAUAUGGGUCCAGACGUCCAUCCUUACAUGCUGCACGAUUUUGUUGCCAGCUCUUCCCUUGCUACUGCUGCCAAGCUCUAUUGCCCGCAGCAUCUUCUGCGAAAUUGCAGCCUCGUGCCAGGCUGGCUGGUUUGGCCUAUCAGUUUUUUGCUUGCGGUGUGUCCUGGGGACUCGGAUUAUCAUUCACCCUUGUGCAAGCAACGUUCAAGACUUGAAGUUGCAGGGCGACCUGCUCCUGAUUUCAAACCAUCCUACGAGGCUGGAUUGGAUGUACCUGUGGACUCUGGCGGCAGUUUUGGGCCGUCUGCCUGGACUCAAAAUCGUGCUCAAGGACAACCUCAAAGCUGCACCAGGAUUUGGAUGGGCAGUGCAGUGCUUUGCAUAUCCCUUCAUGUGUCGGCGAGACCGCGAAGCCGAUUUGAGAGUGCUGCGCAAUGUUUGUCAGCAUAGUGGUGGUGGGGGCAAACUGGCGCUGCUACUUUUUCCUGAGGGCACUGAUCUGAGUGAGUCGAAUUUGGAGAAGAGCCAAAGUUAUGCUCGCAAAGAAGGCUUGCAGAUUUACAGUCAGGUGCUCCACCCGCGAACAGCAGGCUUCGUGACGGCCUGGGAAGCAUUGCAAGAUGUUGCUAAGGAGCUUCAAACAUCGCCACCAAUGCUGCUGGACGUUACCAUUGCAUAUGUUGCUCCCAUGUCUGCCAACUUGCCAGAUGAGGAUGCUGUUUUCGUCCGCGGCCACAUACCAAACGAAGUUCACAUCCGUCUACGACAUGUUGAAGAGCCUGGUACUGCUGAGCUUUGUCAGCGAAUUUUUGCCGAGAAAGAGGAUCUUCUGAAACAAUUUCAUGGGCAAACCGAUGAUGCUGCUCAGACGUCAGGGCCAAAUGCUUUCACAUCGGAGGGCUCCAUCGAAUUGGAGGAUGUCGGUGGUGUUCAGACGAGGAUCCUCGCGAGUUUAAUUGCCGUCCUGGCAGUAGAGGCUUGGGGUUGGAUGCUCUUUCGCUGGUUUGGGGGCAGCUGCUCUCUCUUGCUCAUCCUGGUGGCAUGUGCCUGCUUUGUCGUUCUGGGAAAGACCACGGGUGGCAUUGACAAG